CAUGCACAGCGAUGGAGUAGACGGUCAUAGGCGGCGACGGGGAGCGAUUCAUGCUGGGAGUUGUAGUCCAUACCUUAUUUGCGGUCCGCUGUGAAGGCUGUCCCCCAACAUGAGUAGUUAUGGAGGAGGGACAUGCAGGGAUUAUUUGCUUGUUUUAGGGCUUAUUUAGCUGGUGUGGAGUUUGUUUACCUGGCAUAUGGUUUGUUUACCUGUUUUAGGUCUCACUAACCCGGACGGGGCUUAUUUGUCUGCUGUCAAUUUGGACAUUUUCUUGGUGAGAAGUGACAGGACCUGAGUGAGGAGAGAGGGGCCUGAGGGGAUAAUGAAACCCCGCCCCACAUCUUCCAAAAAAAUGGGGAAACCAAGUGGUGGGAGAUCAGCAAAAAAUCCUUCUAAAUCAAAAAAUCAGCCAGUGCCUUCUAGCAAAAAAAAGGGAGCAGAUGAACAAGGAAGAAAACAAGGUCAAAAAAGACAGCAGGUCCCUCAGACAGGCAAAAGGGGAGUUAAGGAACUGAAGGACUCUUCCCCUGCAGGAGAAAAUGGUUCUUCAAAAAAGGUGAAGCUGUCCAGCGCUGCAGUAAGAUCUUGGCAGCCUCUCUCAGAGAACAGUAGGCUGUUCCUGGAAAAUAUAGUGGAUUCAGUAGUACUAUCUGUUUUGUCCCAACAGAGGGAGAGAAAAGAUGAUGUUCAGAAGCACCUCAAUGUACUGAAAAACAGGGUACUGAGAAGUUUCAAGACUUUAAAUGUGCCUCCAGGGAAGCUGGGCAACCUGAAGAAUAUCCUGGGCCUUCAAAUGGCAGAGAAACAAAUGCUUGAGACAAAUGAGGAGUCUUUGGAACAACUGCAGGAAGAAAUAAAUGAAGCAGAGCGAUCAGCGGAGCGCAUUGAGGAAAAUAUACAGCAGCUGCAGUACAAAAUUAAGGUGCUCAAAAACCAGUUAGAGGAGGAUGAGAAAGGUGCCAGGAAGGUAUUCCAGGAAAAUGGCAGUGGAGCACUCCAGCUUCCAGAACUCCCCAAGCGCAGUUUGCAGGCCCCCACUUUGCAGGAGGAAAUUUUGAAGGUAAAGAAUCAGAAGGACCUUUUAAAGGAUUUGAAUGCUAUUCAGCAGUCACUUGACUUGAAGAACUUGUUAACCCUUGUUGAAAAGACAUAUGAGAAGGUGGAUUUGCUUUGAGAAGCCAAAAUAUGUGGAGUCUCCAUCCUGAGUUUGCUUUCUUCCUAAUGGCCUUCCUGUUGUGACUGCUGCAUUUCUGUUAAAACAUUUUCUAUUAACAUUGGUAUAUAAAUGUGUAGAUACAUUUUGGGACUCAAGUGAUUUAAGUCAUCUGCCAAGGUUUUUUGGGGUUUUUUUAACUGUGAUGACUUCUAAUGAUGAUAUAUCCUGUCAUAGGAAAAGGGAGGGAAAUGGAUCCUGGAUUAUUUUGGUGUUUUUACAGAAUAAGGGAACUAUUCCAUUCUAUUUGCACUUCUUUAUCUGUAAAUCACUGAAGUCCAUGUCAUCUAUGAAAGUAGUUUUUAUUUGAGAGUUUAAACCAGAAACAGGUAGUAAAAAUAAGCUUUUCUAAUACUCUGUUGUACAUCCCCUGUACAACUUUCUUACUAUUUUUUAACAAAAACUCUCAAUUGAAGAAAAUAGAAUAAUUUUUAUCAAAUGUACAAAAUGUCUUUUACAUUUUGGUUACUUAAUAAAAACGCCAACAUCAAACAACAUGAAAUACUUUCUCAGGUUAAGUUACCUGCUGAAAGAUAGCAGUGUUCUUUACACUGACUUGCUUCAUAAACUCUUGUUCUGCUGUUUACAAGCUGCUGCUACUCAUUAAUGAGACAAAAGCUAAUUGUCUUUCUUCUAUGAGGGUUUGAAAGCCUCUCUGGAGGUAGAAUCAUUUAUCUCAAGUUGGAAUUAACCUGUAAGGAUCUGAGUCCAGCUCUCUACUCCUCACAGGAUUACCUAAACCAUGUAGGAUCAGGAAAACCAGACUAAGUACUUGCUUUAUACUGAAUCACAGGAAAAAGAAUAUAAUUAUUGAGAAUUAUUUCUCAAAUUUGUUAUCACUUGGCAAGGGGAACAGUUACUGAUAUAACCAUUACCCCAAAAUAAUUUAAUCCAGAGCAUGGGUUCAAAAUUUUCCUGCAUGCCAGGAAAAGAUUAAGUAAAGAUUAAGGGUGAUUUAUUGUGUGGGUUUUGAACUUCCUAAACCACAUAGAGACCAUUGCCUUUUUGAGAGGUUUUUAUUUUGAAAAGAAAGUGUGGAGAAGGGCAGUGAGGAGGAGUCGGAUUCAGUUUCCACACAAGGAAGUUGAAAUAAUAACUGAAGAAUGAGCUGGGGCAUUACAGUGCUGGAUAGAUACAGAGGCAACUCAGAUUACUUUAAUUUUUUUUCCCUGACACUGGGUGAUUUACGAUAGGCUGGCUGUGGGUAUUGUUACUUUUGGGCUGUCAAGCACACAUAAACAGGGUAACAUGAACCAGGGAACAUAAAUCAGAUAUUUAGGAGUGGUCUUAGCUUGACUUGAUGGUGGAUGCUCUUGGACAGAGUUGCAGAAUGGUCAGAUUGUUGGUUUUGAUGAGAUUUGAGACCUCUUCCAGAAAGUUCACUGUUAAUCUGUGUGUGUGGAGCUGUGACGUGAAACUUCAAUUUCACAAACCUUGGCUUUAAGUAGGUAAGAAAUUUUCUUGUGUGUGUAUGCUUUAUGUACUGAGUUUAUCCAUUUAAGGAAUACUCAGGGAAAAUCUUAAAGACCUUCUGGAUUUAGGUCAGCUUGGCUUAAGGUGUUUCCUCAGAAGUGAUCUACAAGUACAGAACUGUGAUUUCUUUGCAUU